ACAAAAACGUACAACAAUACAAUACAACAAUAAAUUAAUAAAAACAAAGCCCAAGAAAAAGUUAAUAACCAUGCCCGGCUGCAGUGCUUUACCAAAGGGCAGCCUAAAAUGAAACCUGAGCAAAGUGUUUAAAUAUUUAUACAAAAAAAUUCCAAACAAAAAAUUAAACAUUUCCUAAAAAAUUGGCAAUGCUUUAGGAAGUAACUCUGAGUUUAUAAAAUACAAAAACACAAAAUUAAGUUAAAAGAAAAGCAGCCAAAAUUAGCGCGCUACAAGGAAUCAAGAUUUUACCCUCUUUUUCGCAUUUGAAAAUGCUGAACAUGGAGUCGCCGCAGAUGUACGCCGAUGCCGUUCAGACAUUGGCCCAGCUGGACCUCAAAAAGGAGCCGCCGCUGCAGCAGGCGACCAUUGGCCAGAUCACACUGACUGCCAUGUCCACAGCCCAACAGCAGCAGCAACAGCAGCAGCAACAACAGCAGCAGCAGCAGCAGCAACAGCAGCAACAACAGCAGCAACAGCAGCAGCAGCAGCAACAUCAACAGCAGCAGCAGCAACCUCAACAGGCAACGGAUGCCAAUAACAACACCCCACAGGAUGCUGCCUUGCUGGUGAAGCAGCAGAUGCAUCAAAUGCAACAAGUGGCUGCCGCCAACAACAGCAACCUGCUGCAGAAGCAGAUGCUGCAACAGUACACCACACAGACGGACCUCGAUGAGCUGACCACACAGGAGAUCACUCUGGAUCUGCAGCACCUGAUCGAUGACCAGUUCCGGGAUACCGAGACCCUGGGUAUCUUCAGCGACAUGGUGACCAGUCCGGGUGGACUUUCAGCCACUUUGCCACCCAGCGGAAUGGUCAGUGCAGCGGCCAAGGUGCUGCAGCAGCAGACGUUGCGCAAUCAACAUGGUUAUGGCGGCGGCGCCGGCAGGGGAGGAGGUGCUGGCGGGGCUCUGGCCUACAUGCCCCAGCCGGUUCAUGCAACGUACAACAACUCCAGCGAUGAGAACAGCUCCGUGGGCUCCGAUUCCAGCACUAUCAAGGAGGAACCCAUAGACCCCGAGUACAGGCGGCAUCUUCAGGAGGCGGCCAACCAGCAGGCAGCGUUUAUGGGCAACGGCGGAGGACUCUACAAUGGCUACUCCACGGCGGGCAAUGGAUUGUCCAAUGGCGGAGGUAAUCCCCUGAAUGGCAACACCACGCCCAGCAGCAAUGGAAGCAAUGGGAGCACCGGGAGCAGCAAUGGCAGCCAGUUUACCAACCUGACCACAGCGAAUGUCCUGGCGCAUCACAAUCUGCCCCAUUUGGCGGCUGCAGCGGGUGCCCACAACCUGCUGAAGCAACACAGUAAGCUGCAACAGCAACAUGCCCAGCAUCAUGGCCAGCAGCAGCAUCAACAUCACCGAAAGCACAGCAACAAGCAUGUGGACAAGGGCACCGAGGAGUAUCGGCGACGAAGGGAAAGGAACAACAUUGCUGUGCGCAAGAGCCGCGAGAAGGCCAAGGUUCGGUCCAGGGAGGUGGAGGAGCGAGUGAAGAGCCUGCUCAAGGAGAAGGACGCACUCAUCCGGCAGCUCAGCGAGAUGACCAACGAGCUGCAGCUGCACAAGCAGAUCUACAUGCAGCUGAUGAACCAUGCCAAUCCCGAAGUGAGUCGCGUCUGCCGCAGCUUCCUCAACACCAACGAGCAUGCGCUGUAGCAGCAGCAGCAGCUCUAGAAAACGGAUACGGAAACAGAUGUAGAUGCAGAUACAGAGAUCCGCCGGAUGCGUGAAAGGAGUUUAUAUGCGAGCGAGUGCUUGAGAGGGUGUGUGUGUGUACAUUGUGUGUGAAAGGUCCUGGAGCGACUCUGCUAAAUCAAAGAUUCAAAAUGCUGUGUGGGUAGCUUGUAAGAACCAUUUUCCUUUUGCUAUUUUCAUCGACUUUUUCUACUCGUAACUUACACUUAACCCAAAAACAUCCUUGUACAUUUUCUUCUACUCCCCAAAAAACACCCUUACUCCACCCCCUUCUUGUUAUCAUUGUAAAGCAUAUUUUUGUACUUAAUUCUUAACGACUGUAACAUAUAUUUCGCACAUUUUUUAUACACAUAAUCGUAUACAUUAUAUCUUUAUCAUAAAGUUAAGCCAAAGAAAAAUGUUAAAAAUAUUUAUGUAAAAAAAGAGAGAAAACCCA